AGUGUUAGUUAGCUGCUGACUGCUACAAUGGGAAAUACUGCUUCUAAAGCUGCAGAGCAGUUUCUUCACCGAGUUAUUGCAUGUGGAGCUAAGAAGAAAAAAUCACGAAAAUCUGACAUGUGCUCUGAUAAAACUCCUUUAGAACAACCAACAACUAUUAAAAAUUCUUCAACUGCUGUUACCAAAUCUUUUGUAGCUAAUCAAGAUAGAAUGGAAAAUAUUGAUGCUUGUGAAAACAAUGGGAAUAUUGAGACAGCUUUAGUUGAGGACUAUGUUUUAGUUUCAUCCCGUAAUCAACAGAAAGAAGAUACAGCUAUGUCUGUGGAGAAUGUAACUGAGAUGAAACCUUCAUCAGAUAUGGAUAAAUAUACCUGUGAAAUUAAACCACAAAACUCUCCUACAAAACUACUUCAUUCUAUAGAAGAUAUUCCUCAUUCAGACAGCACUUGUGUAAAUCAAAAGUCCUGUAGUAUUUCAUCAGAAAUAUCUGCUUCCAAAUCUAACCCAUCUUUCACUCAUGUCAGCCAAGAUGCGACGAGUCAUGUGGAUUUAUUAAAAAAUGUUGAUGAAAAUAUUCAGACACUGAAUAACCCAAUUUCUGAUCUUGAGAGGCAACAAGCUGCUAUCUUUGCUCGACUCAAAAGAAUACAAGAUGAAUUAGAUAAAAUGUCAUGUGGAAGUGAAUGCCAGGAGAGCAGUCAGACAUUGGGCCCUGUUCUAGAUAAUGUUAAAUUUCAAGAUUUAGUGAUUGGUGUUGACCCGAAUUCAGUCCCGUUGUCUGUACUUAUUCUAUAUCAAGAACUCUCACGAAGUUUGAAAGUGAAGCCUACUGUAUAUGUUCAUUCUUCUGUUGAGAAGAAACCUUCACCAAAAUUACGUAAUUUAUUUGACUUUGCCUCACCUUUGAAGAAACCGGAAGACAGUCGGCUGUCAAACGAUCUGCUGCUCACAAUUAUUUACAAAAAUGUUCGUCAAGGAUGUUCGCUGAUGGUCAAUCCUGAGAAACAAACCUUUAUCUAUGGAGAAGUGAAUGUUGCUCGAUAUUUUUCUAGAUUGAUAAACCCCUCAUAUGAUAAAGAUCCUGUUCAGUCAACGCUGAUAGAUGCUUGGGUAGAUAAAGCCAGUUUAUUACUUUAUAAUGGUAAUGCUGAACAAAAAAAUGAAAUGAUAAAAGAUCUAGACUCAACACUGUCAAAGAGAAAGUGGUUGGUUGGUCAUGACUUGUCUUUAGCUGAUAUUGUUUCUUGGUCUGGUAUCCAGAAAAACAAGCUUGCUAAACUUGUUUCACCAAAUGUUGAAGUUUGGAUGAAAACUUGUGCAAGUCAUCCCAUGUUCAGUUUUGUUAAUAAAGUAUUAUCACAACUCUGAAGUCAAAGCUUUUGCUAGACUUAAACUGAUGGUUUCCAAUCAACUUUUAUAUUGAGAUGUUGAUGAUAUAGGUUUUUCUAUUAAAGAAAAAUGUUGUUUUAACUUUUCAGCUUUUAACAUAUUUAACAAUAAAUAAGCUGUUCUAACUAUAGAUUUUAUUUAGAACGUGUGUGUUAAAAUGGUAAGGGCCAGAUGUAUGGCAAAUGAAGACAUUCAGUCAUCUUUUUCUCAACUCAUUAUCACAGCCAAUGGAUGGAUUGUCUGAGAUACUGAUGUAGAGGGGUGAAGUAUUAUUAAAUGAAACUAAUUUGAAGAGGAUCUUUCAUCACAUAUAUUUGUAUAAUUCAUUUUGUCGAGGACAUAAUGAGCUGUAGGUGAAGUGUACUUGAGUUUGGAUCAACUGUCAAAGUACUGUGAGACAUUUCCUUACAAAUAGGAACUCGGCUUUUAUCACAGUUUUUUGCUCAUAGAAGGAUUCAACUCUGUAUUACAAUCGAAAGAAACAAUUCUUAAUAUUACCUAUUUACUUCAACGUGGGUUGGACCAUUGAAUGUGAUCUCUUCCAACGACUCAGUUCAGUGUUUGUGAGAGGAUGUGCUUGUGUCUGUGUGUUGAAAUUUCCUCUUGCCAGUUUUGUUUUCUUAAAUAAAGAAAUGUACAUUAGCUACUGUUAUUGCCAUAAGGAAUCAUGUCAGGUGGACUGAGAGCUAAUUUGAUAAAUAUGUAAUUCUCCACCAUUUUUAUGCAAGUUCUUUAUUUAAACCAUAAUUAUAUUCACUAGAACUAAUUAAUAUAUAAGAUUGUUAAUAACACUCUAUACUUUUAAUCUGAUUCAGUAGUUUAUAAAAAUUCCUGUUGUACAUUUCUCUUUUAAGUAAAUUAUAUAAACUCUUAAAACUAUGUCCAUUUUGACAUUUUCACCAUAAGCUUUAUAUCUUUGAAAACCCAUCAGCUGAUUUCUUUUUAAUU